ACCUGAUGAGCUUCUUUCAGUGUGUCUUUCUUUUCUUAUAUUCUUGUCCAUUUAAUAAGAUUAAAUUUAAUAUUUAAACACGGUAUGUACCGUAUAAACCGCUUUAAAAACGAAAGAGGAAGUAAUACUCGUCCGCCAAACAAAAUGGCGACGGGUGGGUGUGAAGUAACCUCUGAUGAGAUUUUUAACUUUAAAUGUACACCUUGUUCUAAAAUUAGCCGACAAAGAGAAGCCGUGAAAUAUUGUGUGGAAUGUCAGGGAUACUGUUGUCAGUCGUGUGUUGACAUGCACAAAGCAUUUCCUGCUAUACAAAGGCAUAAACUGCUCGAUAAAUCAAGCUUCAAGACGGUGACUUUGACAACAAACCUUCCAAGUGUUCCUACAGAGAUAUGUACCAUACACGAGAUAAAGAUUCUGGACAUGUAUUGUGGUAACCAUGACGUUGUUGGAUGUACGAGCUGUAUGGCGCUACAUCACAGGAACUGCACAGAUGUCCAGCUUGUGUCUGAUGUUGUCAAAACUAUGUUUAAGAAGACAGACGCGGAUGAAGCUCAUCUGAAAUUACGGGAGAAGAAUAUGGCAAUGGAGAAGAUUAAAACAUCCAGAGAAGCUCUUCUUGAAGAGUUAAAUAAAUCAAAAACGGAUGCAGUCAAUGAAUUAAAAGCAUUUAGAGCAGAAAUGGAAACGAUGCUUCAAAAAAUGGAAAAGGAAUCGAUAAGAGAAGUAGAUAAGGAAUACCAAACAAUGAAUGCAAUGCUGCUGGAAGAGAUAAAAGAAUCAGAAACCCAGAUUAUAGGGCUCGAGCGAGUUGCGGACAACAUUAAACAAUCUGACGGAAAUGUAGCCCAGCAGUUUGUUUCCAUAAAAACAGCACAAAAGAUAAUUGCCCAGACUGACGCUAUUAUGAACUCUUUCGAUGCACACACACAUGCAAAGGUAUCAUUUGCUGCUGACGAAAAUGUUUUGGGAUUCCUACAAAAACUGAAGACGUUAGGGUCCGUCAAUAGGUAUACAGCCUACACAGUCAAGGCAACCAGAGAAAUGAAUAUCAGAGCACAGAGUGACAAAUCAACCUGUACUGUAUACGGGUCAUGCUUAACACAAGGAGGCAAGCUACUACUACCCGACAACAGCAAUGCUAAGUUGAAACGUGUCGACAUUAGGAAACUAUCGGUAGAGGACUACUGUGGCCUUCCUUGUAGUCCUGUUGGUGUAUGUUGUAUAGGUAACCAGGAAGCAGUUGUGACAUUAGAUAACAGUACCAUCCAAUUUGUCUCCCUUGGCAAUCAGAUGAAACUAACACAUAACAUAAAGCUGGAUCAUUCCUGUUUCGGUAUUGCUUAUAGGGAUAACAAACUUCUGAUAACUGACAAUGGCACGUCACUGUAUAUACAUAACAUUGCUGGAACGCUGUUGCAGACGAUAUCCAAAGACAGUUCCGGAAAUUAUCUGUUCACCAUGUGUCGCCAGAUUGCUUUCAGUGAUUCUGGAAAUAAAAUUUAUGUGGGUGACAAACAGAACAAUGUCGUCACGCUAAACAGACAUGGUGAACACUGUAGCAACUUUAUUGAUUCUGAUUUGGUCAAUGGUAGGGGUGUCUGCACAGAUAGAAAAGGGAAUGUGUUUGUAUGUGCACUAGAAUCAAAAAAUGUCAUGCAAAUAAGGCAAAAUGGACAAAAAGUUGGCAUUGUAGUAAAACCGUCAGAUGGACUGAUUCGACCCUGGUCCAUUACUUUUAGUCCAGAGAUGAAAACUUUAUUUGUUACCGAAUUUAAAAAUGACACCGUUAAAGUAUUUGAACUGCAGUAAUGCCAAUACUGUAAAAUUUAUUGACUUGCAUUAACAGUAUCUGAAAUAUGCUGAAUAAUUAUUUGUUCCCUAAGGGGUGAGAUACAUGUACAGUGUAGGAACAUGUUUUCAAGAGAAAGUAACGCGACACAAAACUAAUGUAUUUUAUUAACUAUUGAUAUUUUAUGCUAACGAUAAUGUUUUAAACAAUGUGACAAUAUCAUACUUUUUUUAAAGUAUAAUUUUGGCGUACUGGAGCUUGCUGCAGAAUACAAUGGAAAGAUAAUAAGGUCCUUUCAGUUUUCGGCCAGCAAAAUUCGAUUGUGAAGUACAAGAUUAAUAGUCUGAUAUCACUGUUUUAAAGAGAGCAGGGUAUAAAAAUAAAGAUGUAAGAUGUAUGAAUAGAAUAAAAAUUGUAUUACUUCAAUUAUACAUAUAAAUUAUAAAUUAUAAUACUUGCUUACAUAUCACUUUUGAAUACAUAAUUGUGUAAGUAUAUGUCUUUUUAAAACAUAGCUUAAGCAGUGCAUAUCAGGCUUUAUUUAAACUAUUUAUCGUGGCUGUAUGUAAAUUACAUUCAUUGCAUGCGAUUUAAAAGAACGUUCUGAAAUCCAUCGCGAUCAUUACUUUUUAUAAACAGUAAUAAAACCGUA